UCUGCAGUAAUGAAAUAGUGAAAUGUUCAUAUUAUGACUGCUUGGUUUCCAAAAAACUAAUUUUUAUAAGGUUAAUGAACAUGAAAAUAUGAACACACCACAGAGACCAAAAUGAACAAUACUUUUUCUCCUAGAAAAAUCACCAUGUCUUCCUCCAGACUGGGGCUCUGUUUGGCUGCCUGUUUACUAAAUAUUUCAGAAGCCAGAAGGAAAUACAUUGUUGAGAACAUAGCAAAAGCAGCUCUUCUUGAAAAAAAUGGGCACAGGUAUCCUGAAGUAUCAGUGCUCAAUAUAUUUUCAUUUUCUGAUCAAGACUACAACAGAUCAAUCAAAACAGCAGCUUCUGUUAAUGAGUUAGGCAAUUCCGUUUUGGCUGCCAGCGUGGAGGCUUUUAAGUCUGUGAAUAUGGAGGCUCAAGAGGGGAUCCCUUGCCUGGGAGCAGUGGACCUCAUUCCCAUUUACACUCUAUCUCGUGUACAAGCGGACAAGUGUGGAGCUGUGGCCUAA